AGUAACGGCCAUCUCACGCCUUUAUUCUCCCCCACCGCACGCACUCUCUCUCUCUCUCUCUCUCUCUACUCCGAUUAGAGACUUCGCGGAGCCUCGUUGGUCGAUCCAAGGCGAGCCCGUCUCUGGAGGGUUUGUUCGAUCUCUCGAUCUCCAAUUCCCCUCGAUAACCAAUUCCCCCAAAUGGAUCCGAUUCUUCGAGCGGAUCUAGGGUUUAUGUGAAGAAACCCUAGGUUCCAUGGCGAUUAGAGGGAUCGAUUUCAAGUGGUACGAUGGGUUCUUCCUAUCGAUGCUUGCUACCAGUGUAAUUAUUGUUUCGAUCAACUGGAAAAAGUUCCAUCUUUGCAUGCAUCCAUUGCAUAUAUGGAUUGUGGUUGACUACACAACAGUCUUCAUUUUCCGGCUUUUGAUGUUUGUAGACAAUGGACUUGCUGCUGGAAUGGGCUUAGAUCUUGGAUGGCAGCAGAGAUAUGCACGUUUUUGUGGUAGAAUUGUGGUUCUUUCAGUUCUUGUUCUUCUGCUCUAUCCCUUUUUAUGGGUUUGGACAGUGAUUGGAACGUUAUGGUUUACUAGUGCGAGGAGUUGUUUACCAGAGGAAGGUCAAAAAUGGGGCUUUCUUAUAUGGUUGCUUUUCAGCUACUGUGGACUUGUUUGUAUUGCAUGUGUUUCUGCAGGAAAGUGGUUAACUCGAAGGAAUGCACACUUAGUGCUGCGGGCACAGCAGGGAAUUCCAAUUUCAGAAUAUGGGGUUCUGGUUGACAUGAUUCGUGUACCUGAUUGGACAUUUGAAGCCGCUGGUCAGGAACUGAGAGCAAUGGGUCAAGAUACUGCGUAUCAUCCUGGUCUCUAUUUAACACCGACCCAGGCUUCAAUUCAGCAGGAGGAGGGGACGAAGAAGAGAUGGGAUGGGCAGUCCAAGGCUGAUGUAGUGGACCUGGUCCAGAGAGAAGCUGUUGAGGCACUUAUUCAAGAGCUCCCAAAGUUCCGGUUGAAAGCUGUUCCGACCGACUGCAGUGAAUGUCCUAUUUGCCUUGAAGAAUUCCGUGUAGGCAACGAGGUUCGAGGCCUUCCAUGUGCUCACAACUUCCACGUGGAGUGCAUCGACCAAUGGCUACGAUUGAACGUAAAAUGCCCUAGAUGCCGAUGCUCUGUCUUCCCCAAUCUUGACCUAAGCGCUCUCUCCAACCUCCGUCCAGAAUCCGACCGGCUGCCCUCCACCACGACCGAGGUGACGACAGCCACCGCCACCAGGUACGUCGCGAGGUCCCAACCAGCGGGGCAGAGUUACCUAGUGCGUUUACAGGGUUUGCUACGCCCAGUUCGGUCCGAAAACUCGAACUCGAGCGCGGGAAGUGAUGACAAUGCUAGCCUCGAGAGCGGCCUCCAUACGGUGGUUGUUUCUCAGGCCUCGGCGGUAAGUGCAGUGAGCCCUGAAGUGCACUUUUGUGUUGUGGUCGAUCAGCCACCUGGGCGCUGAUCGAGCUAUACUGCCCUAUUUGAUCUCUCUUCUUUUCUUUUCUUAAAUGAGUGAAUUUUGUGCUGCGACUCCUCUUGAUAUCUGUAAAUUUUCUUCGAUUUCUUUUUUCUUCUGUUAAUCAUGGAUGAAUUAAGCUACUUGCUUGGUUUCCGUAACAUGUUUCUCAAAAUUGAGAGAGAAAAUGAUUAGCGUUCCGAUAUAUGAGCGGCAACUGCAGAAGUGCGGAUUGUACCGGGUUCUUGUGGAUAGAAAUAGAAAACAAAUUCACCAACUCAUGCAUAUGCGAGUUCAGUGCAUUGUGUUUUGUCGUCGGAGAUGUAAGCGUUUUGGGUAGUAAGUCCUGACUUGGUUCCUGUACUUUUCAUUUAAAUACUGUAGUCUCUAAUCUUCUAUAUAUGUUGUGCGUAAGUGCUUGAUUCGUAGAAGAAUCAAACACUUAUUGUGAA